UUAAAAGACUUGUAUGUACUCAGAAGUGCUUUAUUCCAUAAUAUACUCGGAUUACUUUGACUGAAUCACCCAUAAAUUAACCUCUCCCAAUAUUAACAAAAUAAUAAUAAUCAAAUAAAUUCCCAUGAUCUUUUUCCUCCAUUUCUCUCUUCAAGCACUAACAACCAACAUUUUCCUCCCAUUCUUUUUUUCCCAGUCCUCCGAUCUUAGAACAAAAACUAAAUAUGAGACCAUCAAAGAAUCAAUUAGUAAAAGAGCAGCCACAAAAUGAAUCUUUGCUAAAGAAAUUGCCUUAUAUUUUUUACGCCUUUUUUUCAAUUCUCCUCAUUCAUUUUUAUAUUAACCCUAUCUCCUUUUCACCAUCUGAUAAUUUUCCUUCCACAAAUCGCAUCACAAUAUCUCCUCCAUCUUCACCUUCCCAAGAACAAGGAUCGAGCGGAAAAAGCGGGCUUCGGUCUACAUGCGACUACACCAAAGGCCAAUGGGUACCGUACAAUGUGGGCCCUUCGUACAACGGCACGACUUGCGACACGAUCAAGUACGGCCAAAACUGCAUGGCACACGGCCGGCCCGACACCGACUACCUCUAUUGGCGGUGGAAGCCCGAAAACUGCAGCCUCCCGAGAUUCGACCCGAAAACCUUCCUCAAACUCCUCGAGAAUCGCCACGUGGCGUUCGUGGGCGACUCGUUGGCCCGUAACCAGCUCGAGUCGCUCUUAUGCAUGCUCGCCACCGUGUCGAAACCGAACCUCUAUUGGUCCGAAGGAGAAGAAAACAAGUUCCGAAAAUGGCACUUUAGUCCCGAAAAUGUCAACAUUUCAAUCUAUUGGUCCCCGUUUCUAGUCGAAGGGGUCGAGAAGACAAACGAGCGGGAUUUCAACACGUUGCACUUGGAGUCCGCGGACGAGAGGUGGACACGGGACUUGGGAAGCAUCGACAUGCUCGUCUUGUCCGCCGGCCAUUGGUACUUGCUCUCGGCGGCUUAUUAUUACGAAAAUACUCUUCUCGGUUGCCAUUUACGUGAAAAUUGCACGGAAAUCGGGUUCUACGACGUUUACGGUAGGGCGUUGGGGACUGCACUGGACAGAGUGGUAUCAGAGUCGAGGUUGCGCGAUUCGAAGACUGGUCCGAUUUCUAUUUUCUUGACAACUUUUUCGCCCGCGCAUUUCGAAGGGGAGUGGGACAAAUUUGGUGCGUGUUCCAAGACUAGGCCUUAUGCGGAGAGCGAGAUGGCUUUGGACGGCGCAAACGAGGAGAUGUGGAAGGUUGGGGUACAGAAAGUGAGAGAGGCGAAAUCGAGGGUUGAGGGGCAUUUUGGGAAUAAUGCGAGGAUUGAGGCGCUUGAUAUUACAAAAUUGACCUUGUUGAGGCCCGACGGGCACCCCGGACCCUACAUGAACCCGUUCCCGUUUGCGAAUGGGGUUUCCGAGAGGGUGCAGAAUGACUGCGUGCACUGGUGUCUGCCCGGGCCAAUCGAUACGUGGAACGAGAUUUUGUUGGAUGUGAUCAAGAGAUGGGAAAGUGAAAACAAAGGGGAAAGAUGAUAUUUUGGUCUUGAUCAUAUGUAGGGUUAUUGAUAGUUUGAUACCUUUUGGUGUUUUUCACUUUUGAUGAUAGGGUUAUAUAAACAUCAUAUACUUUAGCAUUGGAGUGAUGAGUUUUGGCCCAAAAUGUGUUGGUUUGGUUUUUGUGAGAAGGUUAGAAAUCUAAGAAAAUUUUGUUUUAGCUCAUGAGAUUUAUUGAAGGUUCU